CGCACUAAAGCAGAGACAUUUCUAGAGAACCGAAAAUGGCACUAUUAAUACGCCACGUAACCACUCACUCGGUCCUUCCACUAGGCUCUUUUCCAAAGCUCAGCUCCAAAGCCAGAAUCCCUACUCGCAAUCGACGUUUCUUCGCUGUCAGAGCUUCUUCAAUGGCUUCUCCUUCCAAGAAGGUUUUGGUACCGGUGGCGAACGGUACUGAGCCGAUGGAGGCGGUGAUAACGAUCGAUGUGCUUCGGCGAGCUGGUGCUGAUGUCACCGUCGCUUCGGUGGAGAAGCAGCUCCAGGUCGAUGCGGCCCAUGCUGUGAAGAUCGUCGCUGAUGCUCUCAUUUCUGAUUGUAGCAACACCGUCUUUGAUCUAAUUGCUCUACCUGGCGGCAUGCCAGGAGCUACCAAUUUUAAAAAUUCUACAGUUCUCGAGAACAUUGUAAAGAAGCAGGCUGCUGAUGGACGUCCUUAUGCUGCAGUGUGUGCUUCACCCGCUGUGGCACUUGGUUCAUGGGGUUUGCUGAAGGGAUUGAAAGCAACUUGUUAUCCAUCAUUUAUGGAGCAAUUGAAAUCUUGUGCAACUGCUGUUGAAUCAAGAGUGCAGAAGGAUGGCAUAGUUGUGACGAGUCGUGGCCCUGGAACUACCAUGGAGUUUGCCGUUGCUCUAGUUGAGCAAUUGUACGGGAAAGAGAAAGCUAUUGAAGUUUCAGAGGCUCUGGUGAUGCGUUCCAACCAUGGUGAUGAAUAUAUUUUAAGAGAGCUGAAUCCAAUGCAGUGGACUUACAACAAUCUUCCACAGGUUCUUUUGCCAAUUGCUAAUGGCACAGAGGAAAUGGAAGCUGUUAUGAUAAUUGAUAUUCUGCGCCGAGCUAAAGCCAAUGUUGUGGUAGCCUCUGUUGAGGACACACUUGAAAUAUUGGCUUCUCGUAAAGUAAAACUAGUGGCAGAUAUGCAUCUUGAUAAAGCAGCAAAAUUAUCAUACGACCUAAUAGUGUUACCAGGUGGGCUUGGUGGUGCCCAAGCAUUUGCAAAAUCAGAGAAACUGGUGAAUAUGCUGAAGCAGCAGAAGGACUCGAAUAGGCCUUAUGGAGCAAUAUGUGCAUCCCCAGCUUUAGUCCUGGAGCCGCAUGGCCUACUGAAGGGGAAAAAGGCUACGGCUUUUCCAGCAAUAUGUGAUAAGCUGUCAGAUAAGAGUGAAAUCGAGAACAGGGUCAUUGUUGAUGGAAACCUUAUCACCAGUAGAGGUCCUGGAACAUCCAUGGAAUUCGCACUGGCAAUCGUAGAGAAGUUCUAUGGUCGUGAGACUGCAAUACAGGUUGGGAAGACUAUGCUUUUCAUCAAUCCAUAGAGCUUGUUAGCUUGAAAUGUAUUGUUACUAGUUCCUACUACUACUACUACGUAAACAUUCUCACGGAGUCUGUCAAUCUGGAAAAGUGGAUUCAUAUUUGAAUGUGAAUUCACACUGCGGUUGUGUACAAUGCUUGUUUAUAAAUAAAUAAAUGAGUUUUGGAGUAAAUUAAACAAAUUACUAUAUUGUUGUUAGA